GCCAUCUUGAAUUUGAUCCACGUGGAGUUGUUUUCACGGCUGCGCUUCCAGGCAAAGCCGCUGUUCGGUCUAGCACAUUGUUGUCACUGUCAAAUAUAAAAGCAGUUUGUUAGGAAAAGUAACUAUUUCUCUCUUUUUUGGACGUCAUGAGCAACAUAUACAUCCAGGAACCCCCUACAAAUGGAAAGGUAAGAUGCUUAUGUCCAUAAUUGUUAGGAAAUAAACUGAUGUCAAUCUGGUCGACAUUGGGUAUGGUUUCAUUCAGUGUUUUUUCGUCUACUUUUCACAAAUUUAAGCUUACCAACUAUUAAAAUAAUCAUUUGAUUAAUUUUAAACUUUUUGUAAUUUACUUUAGGUGCUUCUCAUCACAACAUGCGGUGAAAUUGAUAUUGAACUGUGGUCAAAAGAAGCCCCAAAAGCUUGCAGAAAUUUCAUUCAGCUCUGUUUAGAAGGGUAUUAUGAUGGGACUAUCUUUCAUAGAAUUGUCAAAGGUAAAGCCCCUCCUUGAAAGAAAUUCAUGGUGAAGCUGAACAGUUAAAACUAAUUGUCAUGUCAGGGCUAGUGAUACUUUUGGAUGAGGGUGUUUUGAACUAUAGUGAUCUCAAAUAUGCUUUCAGUCACUUAAACAAUCAGAUCAUCACCAAAUCUCAUAAAUGGAAAAUGUAUGAUUUGGAUAUAAUAUACAAAUGCAAAGGAUGAAAAUUAAGUUAUAACAUGGGGUUUCAUGCACUAAGUGAUCAUCAGACUAAAAGUUCUAAAAACAGAUUUCAGGUGGAAAUUUAAAAUUCAUGGAGGGUUGGAGCAGCACCUUUUGUGAUUGGUUGCAAAGAACUUGUUUUUGUGACACAUUUAGCAGGUUUAGCAUCUCUAGUCGUACAAUAACAAUGUAAGCCAUGGAUCUUGUUUUAUUUUAUUUCAGGAUUUUGUGCCCAAGGAGGAGACCCAACUGGAACAGGAAUGGGUGAGCAAGAAAUUUGAUUCCAGUAAGAGUAAUUAGGGAAACUAAAGCAUGUUGAAAACAACCCAGGGUUUUGCACUUGCCCUUGGUCAACUAGAAAAUCACCCUUAUCUUAUUUUGUCUUCUUCUUGAUGGAGAAAGAGAAAAAGAGGCUCUGACAGAAUCACGACAAUCCUUUGAAUCAAAGUAGCUGCAGCCCAAACUUCUGGACUAGUCAAUCUGGUUUUCUCUUGUCAAACUGAGUUUUUGUGUGUGUGUAUCCAUUUAUGGAUAAAACAAUGUUCAUAACAGAACCUGCUGUACCAAGGGCAGGGAUAUUAGGUCCGGCUUUGAAACUGUAUCCUAGCAACAUUUAAAGCAUACUCAGCAUCUUACUUGAUCACUGUCUUGGUCUUGGAAAAAAAUAUGCAUCCUACUCCCUUAGUUUGCAUAUAGCUAGAAACCAAUGUACUUUUUCCGUAGCUCUAACAGUUAAUACCCUUUUUACAUGCAUUAAUACAGGAGGGGAGUCCAUUUAUGGUCAGCCAUUCAAGGUGAAUAUAAAUUAUUUCUUGUUUAAACUGGUAAUCAUUGAAUGAUGAUGAUGAUGAUGAUGAUGGUAGUGUUGGUGGUGGUGGUGGUGGUGCCAGUGCUGCUGGGGUGCUGGUGGUGACUGAGCUGGUGCUGCUGUGGUGGUGGUAGUGGUGGUGCCACUGCUGCUAUGGUGGUGGUGGUGGUAAUGGUGAUAAUGGUGGUAGUGCUCAUAUUGACUCUGGUGUUGCUUUUGGUAUUGCUGGUGCCGGUGGAUGGUGAUGAUGAUGAUGAUGAUGAUGAAGAUGAUAAUGAUUAUAAUCUGGGAAAAUUUCAAUUCCAAACUAUGUUUUAAAAUUAUUGUCAGUGGCAAAAUAAUUUUUUUUUUAUACUGAGUGACAAAAUAUUAAUAAUAUUGAUGAUGUUAUAUUAUUUUUAUAUAUGCUCUGCAGUCUUGUAUUAGCUCAAAGCUGGCUAGUGAAGUGGGCUUGAGUAAUAUUGUCUGACAACAAAUUUAAAUUCCAAUUGAAUGUGCAAGUAACAGAUCAAAACAUCACAACAUGUAGGGGCAAUCCAGUUGGCCAUUUAAAGAGUGGUAAAACUUUGAGCUACCUACUCAAGGAAAAUUCACUUUGAUUUGAGUGGGAUUGAUACCUUGACGGUGAUUAUGCUGUAUUGCUAUCUUUAUAUAUAAAAUAACUAAGAUAGUACACAUGUUCUGAUUGGCCGAGAUGCAUGUUUGCAUGAGAGUAUGGUUGUGACACCAAGAUGUUUUGCUUUUCAUGUGCUAAUCAUGCAAGCACUCGACGGGUUGCAUAACUGAAUUCUCCAACCCCUCUCGUGUUUAUAUCAGGCUAUGCAAACACGGAAAAUGUUUUUUUUUUGCUUAAAUCUUACAACCUAUAUUUUUUGUAGGAUGAAUUUCACCAAAGAUUACGGUUUGUACGUAGAGGGUUGGUUGCCAUGGCUAAUGCUGGUCCUAAUGAUAAUCAAAGCCAGUUCUUCUUCACACUUGGAGCCACACCCGAGUUGAAUGGAAAGCAUACAAUAUUUGGAAAGGUAAUGUUGAAGGGCUCCCUGCAAAAAUGGUCCCUCUAACAUGGAAAUGAGGGAGUAUGUUGGUAUGUUGAAUGCUGUGUAAAUUUUUCCUUUUAAGGUUGCAGGGAAUACAAUUUACAACAUGAUUAAGAUGGAGGACUGUGAAGUUGAUGGAGAUGACAGGCCACUUUUUCCACCAAAAAUCAAGAAAACUGAGGUGAGAUUAUGAUCUGUUAUUGUGAGUCACUUAAGCUGUAUAUAAUUUUCAUUUAGAAAACCCUGUUUUUGCAAGAUAAUAGGAGUUUGUGUACUACUGUAAAGUGUGGAGGUGACAAAAACAAAGAUGAAUGCUAGAGUUGUUAAGUCCAUAAUUUGUGCAUUUGUGUAUUUUUAGAAAAUCCCCAUAUUCCACCCUCACCACAAAAGAUAUUGGAAAUUCCUUAGGGGUGGGAGGGCGGGUUAAGGAAAGGGGUCUUUAAAAAAGCCAGAGUGACCAACUUAAAGCAUAAGUACAUAAUCACAAAGAAAGGUUGUGAGCAUUAUUUAUAAAAAUUAUGAUCAACCAGAGAAAAAUGUUUUGAUCAUUUAAAAAAUUCUCUCAACUAUUUGUUUAAGAAAAUGUAUUGGGUUCUGAGUUUGGAGAAGUCGUCUGUGGAUACUGGAGCUUGAAGGGCUCUAAUAUAAUAAUUAAUUAUUAUUAAAGAACCUCUUUAGAGACCUCUAAAUAGUUAUAUUUUAUUACCUUUUCUUGUUAGAUCUUGCAUAAUCCCUUUGAUGACAUUGUUCCAAGGCAAACAAAAGAGGAAAUUAAAGUAACAAGGGAAGAAAAGAAACGAAAAGUUAAAGGAACAAAGUAAGGCUCUUCAAAGGUUUCAAGAAUUUAAUCGCUUGCUUAUGUCAUCGUACAAGAGAGUGUUCAGUUCAGUGCAAUGACUGAUCAACAAAUCAUUGCUUUUGACAGGAAUUUCAGUCUGUUGUCAUUUGGCGAGGAGGCUGAAGAAGAUGAAUCAACAGUGGCCUCAGUUUCUAAGGUUGGAUUACUUAAUACUGUAUUGUGUAGUUUUUUCCCCCAUGAGUAGAAAAAAAUAUUUUUUUCAUGAAUUUUCUUGCCAUAAAUAUGAUAUAUAUAUGAGAAGAGUCAUUUCUUCUCUUACCCGUGAAAAUCACAUCCUCCCACCUAGCUGCCAUUGCUUUUCGUUUCUUUGAUAUCAUUGUUUCUUUUCUCAUAGCAGCACUAUUAGGGGUGACGAAUGGUAAAAUCCGAGCCUUGCCGAGACGCCGAGACCCUAGUUUAAAAAUCCGAGCCCGAGCCUUGAAUUUGUUUGUAAAAUCCGAGCCCGAGUCUUAGCGCUAAAAAAAUCCGAGCCCGAGAUGCACUUGAUCCGAAAAUACGAGAUACAGCGCUCUGAGCUUUUGUGGGCAUCACAACAAAUAUUUUUCCACUCAUCCCAAAACAUUGGUUUUGUAUUAAAACCAUUAACUUAUAGCUACUUAUCUAGUCUACUUAGUCUACCAGUCAGAGACAUAAAAUUAAACGUAUUAAGUAACGCAUUACUGCCUAUAGUCUACUUAUUAACCUGGUUAGUUACUUUAUAAACUAGUUAAACUAAUGAUUCGACAUUCUGCCUGGUUUAAAAUUCACACGCCUUCUGAUAGCUUCUGAUCUGUCGGCUUCUGGCACGCGUAAAUCUGCGAACGAUCGGCUUUCGACUAGCUACUACUGCAAAUGGCAGAGAGUGAAGAGGAAAUAGAAGAGGGUUUUGAAGCAACGAAAGGAAUUAAACGCAAAUACGGUAAGUUAUAAGAUCGUCUUGCUUAGAGCUUAAAGUGCAUUACUAUUUGCUGCUAUUAGCUACUAUUACCGUCGCAGCUCGUCGAUCGGACUAUUAGCUUCUAUUUGUAGCUUUUAACAACGUCGUCGAACGAUGCGUUUUGUUCGAUUCGUGUAUCGCAGAGCUUGCUAUUUUUGUCAGCCAUGUUAGUAAAGCUUAGUUAGCUUUAGUUCAUGUUGUACUUCGGACUAUAUCUGGCAACAAUACGUACGCUCGACAGAAAUCCAUUAACGACUCUUUAAGAGAUGCGUCAGGAAAUCCUAGGAUCUAUGCCAAUAACUGAAGCAACUAAUGAAGAGGAAAAUGAGGUUGACAUCAACGACACUUCUGUCAACUUUGAUGGAUCUGAUGUCGGUGACAAAGAAGCUAACAUGGUCCUGGUUAAAAAUUCUGUCAUUCUAAUUUCUCAAGAUGACCGAGUGUCAGGUUCAUUUUUACUUGGAAGCCUGGCACAAGACUGGCGCAGAAAUACUAUGGAGACGGUGAGAACACAUGUCUAUGCUCCUGAUGAAGAAGAUUUUUUGCUUUUUCAUUACGAGUUUACUGGGCUUGUGAGAAAGGCAAACGUUGUUCAAGAGGUCGGCACCGAAAACGAUAAGUUGAUGUAUUUGGAUGAUGAUUUCCACAUGGAAAUAAGCGAUGAUUUAUAUCAUCAGUGUCUGGAUCUGGUGUACGACAAAGAUGAAGCAGGCACAGAGGCUACUGCCACUGAUACAGCAAGAGAAACAUCUACAGGCCGAGUACUUCGACUCCCUCACCGUUUCCGGGAGUGAUACUACUCUCUACACUCCAGAAAUGCUUACCGUAAACACCGGUGUAUAAGCGGCACUCGUAGAUAAGCCGCACCCCGAGUUUGAAGCUCAAAUUUUCGGAAAAAAAGUUUUUUGAAAUAAAAACGUAAGUCAGAGAAUUGGCUGUUAGAAACUCAAUGCUCACGUUCGUGCGUUACGUGUUCGAUGCGGAUCUUGUUGCUCAAUUUGAUUUUUGGUCUCGGAGGCGCUCUGGCAGCUCUGUAAGACAAACAAGACUAACUUUUCUACAUCAUCUUAAGUUAAAGAAGUUUUGUUCCACGUUAUACACCUCAAAUGAAUAAAGGCUCAAAAAGUCUGGUCUCAUCACUGGAAAGUACGAUCUAUAAACUAUGAUUUGCAGAACUCAGCAGAUGUUUCCGUAGAUAAGCCACACCCCCGAUUUUGAGCAAAAAUUUUCGGCAAAAAAGUGCGGCUUAUACACCGGUGUUUACGGUACUAUCGCAAUAAUACAAGGAUACACUUUCAUUGGUGGGUUGAGCGCUUCCAGCAUCACUAGGUUAGUAAGACUUAUAGCUAAUAUUCAAUUACAUUAUUGAUAUAAGUAAGCGGGAAAAUAAGCAACAUUUCCAAAAUAAUUUCAGUGUAGGUCUUUAAAUCAUUCGGGCCAAGAACAGUUCAAUUCUCAAACGAUUGUCGUUGGGUACCCAUGUACUAUCAUGACAUGAUUUCCUCUAUAAAGUAAGUGGAAAUUACUGUUUCCUAUAUCUUACAUAACAAUUGUAAAUGCAGAUUCCGGCAGGGGUAAAUUUCUUAAUUUCUCGUUUCGGAUAAGCUUGCGGAUAAAAAAUUGAACGUCCCAGUGGCGAGAUUUCGAGAUCCAAAUUUUCAAAAUCCGAGACUCCGAGAUCCAAAUUUUCAAAAUCCGAGACUCCGAGACCGUCAUAUUUCUGGGAAAUCCGAGAUUCCGAGACGCUUUUUUUAAGCGCCGAGAUUACGAGACUCGGCUUAAAUUUGCCGAGAUUCAACAUUUUUGAAAGGCCAUUCGUCACCCCUACUAUUGAUCAUUAUUACGUUUUGUAGUUUUCAAUGUUACACAUACACCCAGGGGGGGGGUACUCGGGAUUUCAAGUGACGGGGAUGAUCGAAUGGAGCCAAAAGUCAAGACCCAAAAAAAUCCCUAGGGCUUCCAGCAAAACCCAAAAAAAUCCCUGGACCAAAAAUGCAGACUAUUGUAUAACACGUGCGAUGUAAAGCGACACCAUAGUUAACUAUUAAACAACAGCAAAACACGUUUGUUUGUACUUUACUCGCAGAACUACGCAGCCAGGGCACUACCGAUUCUUUUUAAUACCCCCAAAAAAUCCCUACUCAAAUCAAGCUACCCAAAAAAAUACUUGCCAAAUUUUCGUACCCAAAAAAAUCCCGGAAUCAAAAAUUUCAAACCCAAAAAAAUCCUUCGAUCAUCCCCGUCACUUGAAAUCCCGAGUAUCCCCCCUGGGCACAUACAUUAAUUUGACACGCUUGUAAACAACCCAGGAAUGCCCAUGUGAAAUGAUAGGGAUGCUUGUUUAAUUUAACUGCAUAGUUUUGCUUACUGGUUCGUAGACAAUGAAAAUGAAGAGCAGUCACGAUGUAUUGCAAGAUCCAAAGCUGAGUUCACAGCCAGUUGUUGAGACUACAGCUGCUGUGUUAAAGGUAUGAUAGGCUACAGCUGUCUGUAUAUUGUUAAGAUGAUGUUGAAUCUUCCAUGAUAGCCUGUGAGCAAGCUCUCCGGGGCACUCUAGCAGGGGUGUAUAUAUAAAUGCAAAAUUUGCAAUAAAUUUACACUACAGUUAUAAGAAAAAUUUAGCCAUAAAGUCAGUUUGUAUACCCCCGGUAUUCUACAAACCGAGAACUUAGCCAUUAAUUAACGGCUAAAUAUUUUCUUUCUUAUAGAAAUUAUUUAGCCAUUAAUUAACGGCUAAACAUUUCCUAUACAGGCAGGGGGGCGGGAAAAAGAAAGAGAGCUUGCAACUACAACUCUGGAAUUUGAAUAUCUGCAUCGAAAAAGCCGAUGCGAAAUGCUGAUUGGCAGAGAUGACAUUAGUUGUGUUAUUAUUAAAUUAGGCUGAAGAAAUAUUUCGUUUCUAUUGCAAAAAGAUCCUCCAUUCGAGUACGCACCAUACAUGACCUUACGCACAUGCACAUUCUUUUGAAUCUUUAAAACAUACCUUCAAAUACAGACUUUAAUUUUGAUAGGUUCUUCUCUCCAACCACUCUCCGACAAAUUCGUGCAUUUUACUUCGAAAAUACGUAGUCUUGAGUUUCGCAGCUUCGUGCAAACCGCGCGAAAAAUAACAUGUACUUUACAAAAUCAAAGACAAGUGAUUUUUGAUUUGCCCUACCCCCUACCCCCGGGACAGGACCGGUUCAAACAAUUCCCCACCCCCAGAACCGAACUGCUGGACCUGUCCUGGGGGUUGCCCGGGGGAGGAUGGUAACAGGUCGAAUUGAACCAUUCAUUUACACCAGGAUGACCCUAACAUUUCUGGGUAAUUGUGCCGUAGUAGGCCACUUAGCUUUAUUUGGAGCCAAAACGGAGCCUAAAAACAAAAUUGCUAACAAUACAUCAGAAAAAUGUUAACGGAGUUUUGGAUAGGUCGGGAAAAGCCCCUACGGAAAAAAAAAGGGGAAAAGGGAAGGGGGAAAAAGAGGGGAAAACGAGGAAACAUGACCCAAAAACUACGAUACCGAAAAGAAAAUUACAAUCUAAAGUUAAACUUACACGCAGAAAAGGAACAGUAACGACCGAGGAUAACUUACAUACUAUACAGUCUCUAUUUAUACAAAAAUACUAGUUUCACUCUGCACGUAUUUAACAUACAAUUGCUUUCAAAAAUUCCUGGUUACGUAGUCAUUCAAAGCAUCUCACAAAUAAUCAACAGCAAAAAUAACAGCGAACAGAAAUCAAUUCUCGUGUAAUGCUUCGCAACCGAAGAUAAUUUACAGUGCUCGCAGUCUGUGUGAAUCCUGUCAAGCGACCGUCUUUGACCUCUUGUAAGAUGCAAAAAUCACAUGACCCCUCCCCCCCCGUACUAUGGAGACGCAAUGUACAGAAAAAGGUAGAAGAUAAGUUUAUUGAGUUUAUUGGACUUGUCUCGCCCUUCCUACUCUACGUCUUUUGGCUCUCAAAGGUCUGACGUUAUACACUCCACUGGGAAAACAAUGUCCUGUGUAAACUAUAGUGAGAACCAAAGGACAAGUUAGAUUAAGCCAAAUAAAAGACGAAAGUAAAACUAGAUUACAUCUGCGGCUUAAUAAAUAAAGUGAUCCCUCCCCUCUGUUUUGUUUCAAAUUUAUGGUUGCUUCUCGUUCCUCGUAGUCUGCGAAAACAGACGUUUCUCCUCGUUCAUCGCCGCUGGGGCACGUUUCGCGACGAGGUAACGUCCCAAACGGCGAGGAUCGAGGAGAAACGUCUGUUUUCGCAGGCUACGUUCCUGGAGAUUUUUGCUUCUCAUGGCUCCGUCGCUCACAAAACUAAUAUUUGUGGUUCCCUUAGUACGGCGCCGCUUAACAGGGUAUGGUUUUUAGGGCCUCACCAUUUCACCUCUUGAACUGGGUGUAUUUUUGGAUUAAAUUAACUGCAAAAACCGUGGACGAAGAUCCUACUAGUUGUAAACGUUGGAUCUCUAGAAAAGCGAUCUAAUCAGCCAAAAUAUAAGGAACCAAGAACGAGAAGUCUAAAGACUACUGCAAAGCUGAUUUAAGACAACGUGUAUUGUUUUUUAUAACAAUAUUUCGGCUGGCCGUACCAGCCUUCUGCAGGUUUACAGACGUUACAGAACUUAUGUAGCAAUCACAAUAUUACAUAAAUGGAGAAUGUCGCAAAAAAAAAAUUGUUUAAAAGGGAGAGGCGGAAAUGACGUACAACACAAAAACUGGAAAGGAAAAAUACUAACUGAAGAGAUGGAUUACAAUAAUUCGUCACGGCGGUUUAGGCCAUGAGAUUCAAGGGUCAUGGCCUUAUCUAUCAAAGGCGACUCCCUGGCCUUACGAACUGAGUAACGUGAAGAAUGAAUUUUCUCAAGUGGGAUUAACUGCAUGUCAGUAUGAGAAUGUAUUUUUGGAACAGGAGUCUUAAAAACGGAUUGUGAGGGUUAGAGAUGUGGGGUCUUCACGAGUGGUACUUACAAGGUAUUUUCAAAAAAUCUAACUCCAUGGUGUUUGGUUAAAAAACACCAAUUUGUUGUGUGAAACGAAAUGAAUAAGGAUCGUGAAAGUUAGUCACACCCUGGUCACAAGCAAAAGCAGGGUAGUUAAUCAGGGCCUACCAUGCUACCCGCCCCCCAGCAGUGGAUUGUUUACACUAGAUGACCCCUUACAUGACAAAGUAAACGAAAGCAACUUCCUUCUUCACUCAAGAUAUCGUGGAAUAUCAUGCAGUGAGCACUGAGUAACUGCUGCAAGAAGGUACAUACACGAUUGUGUUGUCAACAACUGGAAAGAUUGGGCCUGUUAAGACUCAUGAAAUACACGAACGUAGAAUGUGGGUCAUAAAUAACCCUAUGAGGCAUGCAGUAUUCAAUCAGUGAUGUGUUAGGUGACCAAGGAAGAAAGGCUUUGGAUGCUUGUGUGAAGGUCAAGAUUUUUGGAUGGCCAGAAAACAUCGCAAAAUAUCACUGGGAUAAAGCUUGGAAGCGAAUAGAAGAAUGCUAUGAGGGACAUCCGCGUCUGAAUUAUGUAGGUUAUGGGUUCCUGCAGCGUCUGAUACUUCCUACAGAAACGAGCGAUCGCGGAGGACCAAGUAAGGAGAAAAUUUGUGACAUAAUUGACAUCCAUAAUGGCUUGGAGAUUUUGGAUGAAAUGCUUUAUGUUGAGAAAUAUCCCAAACAAGGACCAGGGUCUGAAGAAGUAAGAAAGUUGAUUGAUGGAAGAAGAGAUGAUGUUGAAAGAGAGUUUGAGGAAGCUCGUGCUAACCCAGAAGCUGAAAGGUACAAGUAUUCCUGGCUUGUCGCACAGCGCCGCGUUCGUGAUUGUUUUGCUGGUAGCUUUGCAGGGGAUUUCACAUUUCUUAACUAUGAGUCUACGGACCCAAAUAAACUUUAUGACAUUGUUGACAUUCAUGAUGCAGUAGUGUAUUAUGAUAAAGCAACACGUUUUGACAAUUUCUAUUGUGAUGUGUGUAGUCUCCCUUACCUUUUUUUUCCAAGUCCAGUAAGAGUGGAAGAAGAAAGAGAAAAUAUUAAAAAAGAGCUGGAUAAAGCUGAACUCUAUCGUGAUAUUAAACCUUCUGAGUAUUCUAAAGCAGAAGCAGAUCAGCGAGUAAGAAAUUGCUAUACUUGCUACCCCAGAAAUGAAGAGAUUUUUCCCAUCAAAUUGGAGGAGUGCAUGUCCCACUUCAAGCAGACUUACAACAUUUUUGAUAUUCAAAAAGCAGUUGAACAUUAUGAUAAAAUGAAACUUGUUCAAAAAUACCCAGAAGAUGCAGGACCAGGCACUGAUGAACUAAGAAAGUCAAUUGAAAAAAACAAUUUAGAAGUGAAAGAGGAGUAUGAGAAGGCCUUUUGUGGCUUGCGCAAAUAUUCAUGGAGUGAAGCAGAGAAAAUGCUAAGAGACUGCUUUGUGGAUAAUUGGCCUGAAGAAGUUGGUGAACUAUUAAGAAGGGAAUCAAACAUCAACCAAACUUACAAUAUCUCCGAUAUUCACAAAAUGUUAGUUCAUCUUGACGCAAGGGAAGAACAAGAAAAGUUAACUGGUCACCUGACUACUAAAGAAUUGAUCAAACAUCCAGAGGAUACAAAAGUGACAGAAAUUAAGAAAAAAAGAGAUGCAAUUACAAGGGAGUUCGAGGUAAAAAAAAGCAGACUUGGUAAAUAUUCUCGAAGCGAGGCAGAACGUAAAGUAAGAGAUUGCUUUGCGGGAACUUCGGUUCGUGAUGUGGACAUAUUUUUUACGAGCAAAAAAGAGAACAGUCAGCCUUCAAAGAGCCAGCAGACCUAUGACAUUUUUGAUAUCAAGAAAGCAGUUGAUUAUUUUGAUCUAAAAAAGGUUAGUGAUGAUUACCGGUACCUCUCAGUAGAUGGCAAAGAAUCUAGUAAUUCUGUGUCGAAUGGUUUGGUUGAUGAAAAAAGAGCAGAAAUUAAAGAAGAGUAUGCUAAAGCCAUCACCAAAAUUGAAAUUGAGCAUGGUUCUGGAUUUAUUGUUCAUGACCACUUUGUUAUUACCAAUAGGCAUGUCAUUGAAGGUGCAAAUAUAGAAAAGAAUAUUGAUGAUAAACCUAAAGAAGUGUGCAUUUCUAACCCUUUCAUUGGUGAGCUUCGCUGUAAGAUUGCUCAUGUUGAUGCAGCGACUGAUUUAGCUCUGCUUUAUUGCCAAGAGCUGAACAGCAAGCAGUGUGGAAUUACUCCAUUGCAUUUGUCCAGUGAGCCAUUGCUUCCUGGUAUGGAGAUUUUUUCUUUAGGGUACCCUAUGAGCCAUACAGGGGAAACAGCUCUCUUUGUUAAUGGUCGUGUUUCUGGUUAUAAGGAAACUUACUCAGAUUGCCGUCCUUCAUUGGCAGUUCUUAAUUUGUCACUCAACUCUGGUAAUUCUGGAGGGCCAAUCCUCUGUUGGAUUGGAAAUCAGUUGAAGGUUGUGGGUGUUGCAAGACAGAAACAUUUCAAGAAGAUUCUGACUGUUGAAGAGAGGGAUAAAAUUGAAAAAAUCCGGCAAUCCUUGCAAACUAUUACUAUGUUGGAUAUUCCAGAUGAUGCAAUUAAUAAUGCCUCAUUAGACCGUGAGCAGUUAGUAAGAGUGGUCAAUAGGUAUGGCUGUAGAUAUCAAUUUCCUGAUCCUUGCCAGAUUCCAAUGUUUUUACUGACAUUAAAACUCUAUGAUGCUCUGGAAACCCACUCACAGUUCAAUUUAAGUAAUGCAGUACCAGGGCAUUGUGUUAUUGAAUUCAUGAAAGAAACUAUCAGGAAAUGGGAGGGUGAGCAUAAGGAUGAGUUAGUUGAGGUGGUGAAGUGGUCUGCAGGUCGACAAAACAUUUUACCUUCUGGUCAACACUCCUCUUCAGACUGUUGUAUUCAAUAACUACUUUACAGAGUGUUGCUUGGAAGGUGUGAUGCUUAUUUAACAAGAAUUGUAUUCAGUACAAUAACAUGUUUUUCAUUGAUAACCUUGUGUGAUUGUUGGACAUUGUAGAUUGAAGUGGUGUAAUGAUGAGAUUGUUUACAAACAAUAUGAAAAAUAUGAAAUGUACCGGUAGUUGAAACGUAAUGUAGAAAUUAAUAUUUCUCAUUUACCAACAAGUUUAACUCUAUAGAUUAUUGUAUUCAAGGAUUUAAAAGCAAUUCCCUUUUUUUAAAUAAAGUUUGAGGAAAGUGAUGGAUUUAGCAUUUUAGGUUUUUGUAGUGAAUUAAAUAGUGCAUUUAUAAAUGGCACCAAAGCUAAUUUGUAGUAAUUAUUGUUAGCCAAGUAAGAUGUUCAGUAGUACUGUUAGUUGUUUAAAUCAGUUGUAUUUUUGCAAUAUUGUGACAGUUUUAAUGGAAAACUGAUAGAAUUCAUCAUAUUUUAUAGUUAUCGCAUGGUUUAUUUGUCUUGUAUUGCCCUGCCUAGAUAUUUAGCUUAAUAGCUAUUUGUGGAGCAUCCAAUAUUGGAAAACUUGAUCUUUUUGUUAAUAGAUAAAUUGUGGUUGCUGUUGUUGUAUAAUCUAGUUUUCAUUGAUAUGAACUUUGUGUAUUUCUAAAUAAAGGAGGAUUUUGUAGGCUUGGAUCAAUUCCGUUCCCUACCUUUAGUGAUGUUAAGACAAAAACCAAAUAGGAGGGAUGGGGUAUAAAGUAAAGAAAACCAGUGUUAACAUUCUAGGCUGAUUUAGCAACAGGAUGGGAAUGUCAGUUGACGACGGUGUGCGCAAAUCAAACAACUGGCUUGACCAAUGGUGGAGCAGCAAAUUGGGCACCGGAAGUCGAGUCUAGUCCUUUCUGCGCUCUUUCCUGCCGUCAAAUAAUGUUCCCAUUCUAUUGCUAAAUCAGCCUAAUGUCUUACAGUGGAGGCAGGUUGAGAGUGGACACCAUUUGAUUUAUUUGAUUUGAUAUUCUUAAACACAUUUCAAACUGAAUACUAGUAAGUACCGUACCAUCCUGUCUUCAACAGAAUACAUGAGAGCAAAAGGUACUAACUUGAGUCGGGCAUAUUCACCAUUGUUUAGGUUGUGAGUUAUUCUUACUGUAUUUUAUUCGAUUAACCGCCCUGGGCGCUUAUUAAAUUUUUGGACCUUGAGAGUGGGCGCUUAUUCGAGGUGGGCACUUAUUCAAGGCUGGGCGCUUAUUAAAUUUUCACCAUUUUAAGCAAAUGUAGUGUGUUUAUUUUGCAACAAAAUAAUAAAUGCUAAUAACAAAACGUGAAGAAGUAACAAAGCAAGGUUUCUGUAAAAUACUCUGAAGAAAACUCCGUCCUCGGGGAAGUCUCUUGUUAAAAUUUAUUCACUCAAGUGGGUGGGGUGGGGGUGAGUGCUUAUUUGAGUUUGAUUGGGAGGAGGAGGGGGUGGGCGCUUAUUCGAGGCUGGGCGCUUAUUAACUUUUUCUGCCUUUGGGAUGGGCGCUUAUUCGAGGUGGGCGCUAAUUUGAGGUUGGGCGCUUAUUCAAAUAAAUACAGUAAGUCAGGUUUUUCUUGAACCGGGUUGCUAAACAGAGGAUUUUUGCAAGAGAACUCGAAAUAUAAACAGAUUACACGUUUAUAAAAUAAUAGUUUCUUUUCCAAGCUAACAUGAAAGGAGUUUCAGUCAAAUAAUAAUGAGCCUGUUAUGGGGGAGAGAGGUGGCUGUAAACAGGUUCAUUGAUAAACCAUGUUUUUUUUUUUCCAAAAUGUUAGUGUAAAUCUACAUAGUGGGUGGGGAAGGGGACAGAAACUCAAGGGGGUGGGGGGGUACUCUCUAUAAUGGCCUAUACAGGAAGGCUCCACCCAAAAGGGAUGUGUUUUUUGAGGAUUUAGGUAUAUGGAAGGGUAAGGAUUUCACUAGCUGAAGUAUAAGAAAGGGUAGGGAAAUCUGUGAUUUCAGUCUGUAAAAGGCCCAAAAGGGCUAAUGAUGCUUUUUAUGGGUAUGAAAUAAUAAUAAUAAUAAUAAUAAUAUUAUUAUUAUUAUUGUUAUAGCAUAAUUGCCGAUAGCAAUAGCUUAUCUAGCAAUGGGCACUCAGUCAUCUACGUGGAUGUUGAUAACAUUGAUAUAUAGAGAAACAUCAACUGUCGUGCUAAAAAAAAAUAAGUAAAAGCUAACUUAUUACAAAAAUAGCGAGUAUCAUGCAUUGAGAUUACCACAACAAAUACUGGACUAAAAGGUAUUAACAGUGUCAGCCUAUACAGAAGUACGCUGCAAACAGAGACCCUUCGAUCUUCCUAGAUCAUAUUCCUCUUCCCGACUUGCAAACUAGUAGGAAGAUUGAAGGGCCUCUGCUUGCAGGGUAAUACAGAAGCUGGGGAAAAGACAUUCCAAACUCGGACAGAUCUAACAAAAAAGUGAACUUGUGUGCUUUGAAGUGUUUGUGUCGGGGGAGUUGGGAGUGGGGGGACGAAAAAUGUGGAAACCGGAGGAAGAGGCCGCCUCAAGUGGGUAAUUGGGAAAUGGAAUCCUGAUAUUGCCUGUCUUGAUCUUCACAAAACGUCGAGAGAUCAGAGAUCCUUCUACAUGUUUCUAGAUCUAGCCACUUUACUAUAACGUGAUGACAGGCCAUUGGCUUAGUAAUUUAAAGGAAUUAAAACAUGAAUAAUAGCAUGGGUAAGAAAAUUUGGUUGUGAGUCGUCAGCGUACUCCGUCCACCCAUACACUCGUUGGGGGUGAUGGAUGGGAAUAAGUUAAUUGACACUAUUAUGAGGAUCUUGUGGACAGUGUGAGCUAAAGCAAAAGGUACUCCCGUACAGUGUGUGAAUAAGGUUCUGUUCGCUAGUCUCCAUAUAUAACACACUCAGGAAGAUAUGAACUGCGCAGAAUCCAUUCAGGGUCACAUGGCGCUCUUUGUUUCCAAUAACUACCACUGAACCAGAAGUGUAAAUACCAUGAUAUCAAAAUUGGGGUACAUGCAUAACGAACAAGACAUUAAAAUAUGUUCCACAUCGAGACCCAAAACUUCAAUGCUUUCACAUCUGAAAAACGAGUCAAUCUUUAUCUAGUAAAAUCUUCCCCCAAAUCAGUUUCAGAGCAACUCAGCCAGUCUGCAGAGUAUGGCAGGUACACGCGUGAGUUUUUAAAAAAAUUUAUAAGAAAUAAGGGCCUAAAAACAGCCUUGCAUGCACGAGAUCUGGUCGAGUUCUGCCAUACUCUGUUUUUUUAAACUUGAUCGUUUUGCGCAGAUAUUAAAAUUUUGCUUUGUGUUGUCAAGUUGAAUAUGCAUAACACCUGUCAAAAUCCUACAUGCAAGUAGGAUUUCGUUCAAACAAAGUUAAAGUUACAAUACGGCAAAAACUUCUUUCCAGUUAUGUAUAUGAUUUAAUUACCAACUGAGGUCACUUUAAGGAAUAGACACCGUUUUAAGCUCUCAAAGAGAUGUUACAAGCAAAGAACAAUAGACGUUUUUACCGAUACGGCGGCCAUAUUGAAUUAAUUCGAUGUAAGGAGCAUUAUAGGAUGCCCAGGGGGUAUGAGCACAUUUCGUUUGUAUUUUCGAGCGCUUUUCAGGACAUUUUUUCUUAAAGUUUUCUUAGAAUAAGAUUGUAGUGGGAAAGAAUAUCCUUGUGCCGUGUUUGGAUGUAAUAAUGAUCGCCUUUUUCUAGUUUAGUAUUAGAAAUAUGGUCUUCCACUGUAUAUUUCUCUGGAAAAAGGCGAUCAUUUAUAUUACAUCCAAACACGGCACAAGGAUCUUUCUUCCUACGACAAUCUUAUUCUAAGAAAACGUUAAGAAAAAUGUCCCGAAAAGCGCUCAAAAAUACAAAUGAAAUGUGCUUAUGCCCCCUGGGCAUCCUAUAAUACUCCUUAAAUCGAAUUAAUUCAAUAUGGACGCCAUAUCGGUAAAAAGGUCUAUUCCAUCAUGCACAAAAUUCAGCUUAUUAAAGUGAACUAAAAGAAAGUUUUAAUAAGGUUGUAAAACAAACAAAAUAAUUAUCAUUAACAGUUUUACUCUCUUCAGUCAAAUCCAGCUCCAGCAAUUGUCUACGGGCAAAGAGUCAAUUGUUUUGAAUUUUCUGCUGGCAGUUGCCGUUGUUGCCGUUCCCUACUACACAGCAAGUGAAAAGGAAAAUUUGCGUACAGAAAGAUAUUUCCUAUAAAGAACAAAAAAACAUUCACAGUGCACCGGAAAACAAAACCAUGUAAUUAAACGAGCUACCGUAAAAAUGAAAAAAACUCUGACUAUUAUUAGCAACGGAGAAAAAUGAUCGAAGUAGUCCUCUUCUCAAGUAAGCUUGCUGCGUACAAGUUUGUUCACUCGCAUGCGCUAGCAGUAUGGUUCUUUGACUGAAGAGAGGGAUAAAACUGGUUCUGCAAAGGAAAUACAUGUGGGCAUGAAAAGAAUCAACCAUAUUUACUACUAACAGAAUACAAGCGGGUUGCAAAAGAAGGUGGAACCAACUCACAAAUUAAUCAAAUGCAAAAUAAAAAAAAUACUGGCCUUGAAUGAUCCGUUUUGUCCUUUAACGAUGGUUUUUGUGAAUCAUACAUACAUACAUCGAACAUCAUUGUUUAAAAGAAGAAAUAAGCCACAAAAUAUUGUGUAUGCCUCAUGAAAAGUCUUAAAAAUAUGCUUGAGACCCUCGAAAUGAUGACUGAUUCUGUCCCCUGUUUUGAAAAUUGUUGAUCACUGGGGCGAUGUUUUGAUUUGUUUGUUGAUUAACACAAGCGCGCCUUCUCACUCAUUGGUUGAAAAGUGUCGCGUGACCAGUUGGCCCUGUCCUUAAAUUUAGGUAUAUUCUGGACUGUACAUACAUACAUAAUUAAUUUGGUAAAGCAGGUUAAGUUAAAAGGCAGCUAAAGCUGAUGUGGACCUGCUGAUAAACUAUCUAUUGAUAGUAUACAAAUAAAAUUUAUUUAAAAAAAUGUACAGGAAAUAGGUAUAUAAAGAGAAUAAGUACACAGUAGUAAGGUGAGAUAAAAGACUUAAAGUUUAGAACAAUUAAAAUACUAUUUCAUCUUGUUGAAACUUAUAUUGUCGAACAAGGGUCUGUUUUUCUUAAGAAGCUUUUUAGAAAUGUUUAGACUUGGUGCUCUAGCUUUUUAAAUUAUCUGGAAUGGAGUUCCAGAACAAAGCUCCUCUAUAUCUUAAAGAAUUCCUGCCCACCUCUAGGUUAAAGCGGGGAACCUCAAACUUAAUGCUAUUGUACGUGUAGAUAAUAACAGCAAUUGCUACUACUAAAAAGCCUUAUGUUAUCUGGUAGCUCAUAUUUGUAAACUUGAUACAUGAAAGUCAAUAACUUUCUCUUGUACAUGGAAUUAAUCGAUUCCCAUCCAGCUAUUGUUAUAGCUUCUUGGUUGCUAAUAUCAGAUAGCCUAUAUAUAAUCUUGGCUGCCCUGGCGUGGAUAUGUCCCACUUUAUGCAAUAAUGUAGAUGAGCAGGUACCCCAAACUAAAUUACAAUAGGUGACAGUGGGAAUAAUACUUGUAAAAUAAAUACGCUGUAAGGUCUCCUUUGUUAAAUACUUGAGCCUUUUUAGCUGAUUUACUUUCUGGCCAAAGGACCUACAAAUUAAUUCAAUAUCGCUAAGCCAAGACAACUGAUUGUCAAUAAUUCCUAAACACUUCACAAAAUCUAAGACCUUGUUCCUAACAUAGCAGGCGGCCCUAGUGGUCAACAGAAGGGUUUAUAAGUCAAAAUCAUGGCUUCUGACUUCCCUGUGUGUAUGGUCAGCUUGUUGUUUCUGCACCACAGGUUGAUACUUGCUAGGACUUUCUUUAACUUAUCAAUAACUACUUCCACGUUGUCACCGACCACAGACAAGGUUGUAUCGUCUGCACACAUGGCCAGUUCACCUUCAGUAACUUCAUCAGGGAGAUUAUUGACAUAAUAGGAGACGAAUCUUGGCCCAAGCAAGGAGUAAAUGGAACACGACUUUUUAGCUCUUCCCAACGGAAAAUUUCCGGGACCAACAGAUCAUCUGAAAAGGUAGUCAGUUUUGUGGAUGGAAUAUUCCAAACGGAAAAUUCGUGUUCCAUUUCUUCAAAGCUAUCUUUGAUACCAGUUUCAGGCCUUCGCGGCUGUUUUCCGGUAAAUGGGACUGAUUCGUACAAAUGGUCACGAAACGCGAUUCCGGGACGACAUUUACCAGCAUUUACCAGUUCUGAACUUUGCGAACCAUUUACCCUCACCAUGAACCGACCGGUUUAACCAUAAAAAACCCGCCCUGCAGUACGAGAUGCGCAGAAGCUUGCGCAGAACGUUUUCCCGCCCUGAACAUCCGGGAUUCUUCUGAAAAAAGAAGCUUGGUCUUGGCUUAUUGCAGUUCCGCAAGAGGAAACUACCUUUUCGUAAAUCGAUUGAACGGACGUGUUUGAACACAAAGCACUUGAAAAUCAGGUUCUGUUCAGUACAAAGGGACAUGAAUGCUGUUUCUGAUGUUUUGGGUGAGGAGGGAAGAAUGGUUGGGGACGCGUGUGUGAAAGUAAAGAUUAUUGGAGAGCCCGAAGACUACGCGCGAAAAAAAUAUACAUGGAAUGAUGCUUUGAAGCGUUUGGAGAGGUGUUAUGCAGGAAGGAGUCCUGCAAAUUUUGUCGGUGAUCUUCUACUUCCCCGUGAAUAUGAUGACAAGGGCAAUGUAAAUAGAGAGAAAACUUAUAAUAUUUUAGAUAUCCACAAUGCUCUUGAGAACUUUGAUGAAAAGCCCUUUGUUCAAAAGUAUCCCAGACCAGGAACUGGACGUGAUGAAUUGGAAAAGUUGAUUGACAAACGAAGAGCAGACGUCGAAAAAGAGCACGCGGAAGCUAUGGCAGACCCGAAUUCACGACGUGAGUAUUCCUGGCUUGUUGCUCAGCGACGUGUGCGAGAUUGUUUUGCUGGGAACUUUGCAUUUGAUAGCCCACCCUUUGGUUUCAAUUCAAGAUACAAGAAAAAUGUUACUUAUAACAUUUUUGACAUUUGUAAGGCAGUUGUUUUCCUUAAGGAAAGUGACAUUAGUCCGUUGUGCCGUAAAGGCAUUCCUUUACCUUCAGGACCAGGAUCUGAUGAGCUGAAAAUGUCAAUUAAAAAAAACAACUUUGACCUGGAAGAGGAGAAAAAGGAAGCACAAACGAGGAUAAAACAGUAUUCAAAAGAUGAGGCAGUGAAGAGAGUGAAAGAUUGUUUUCCACUUAAUCACACCUAUCUGGACGAAAACGUAGCUUUAUUCCAAAAUAGUGGUAAUGGGGAGACUUAUGAUAUUUUUCAUAUUUACAAGGAAGUAGAACGACUUAAAUUAUAUCGAUGUCUUCAACGUAACGACAGUAUGUGCAAAAGUGUUACCAAAGAGUAUGAGGCUGCCUUAAAAGAGCUUGGUAGAUCAGGGCUCGAAAUUAACUUUUUCGUUCGGGAGCCAGCUGGCGACUAACGGAAAAAUUUUGGUCGCCAGAUCGUAAAUUUUGGUCGCCAGCUUAUUUUAUAUAUAACUUAGACCCUGUUUACAUGGAGUGGGGGACCGCAGUCUAGUGGGGUAGGUUUCUUUUGCUUUGUGUCCCCCAGGGCGUGAAAACAAAAGAAACCAACCCCACUAGACCAGGGUCCCCCACUCCAUGUAAAGAGGCCCUUACACAAGAACACGAUUUUAUACGUUACUUUGCGUGCAAGAAAAGUCACAACUGAAGAGCGAAAACAAUUAGAAACAACAUGAGUAACACUUAGUUAUAAAGCUACCGUUGUUCUCAGGUGAUAUGUCUCAGGUCCGAAGGUGAUGGUUGUCUCCAUAGUCAUUUUAAAUGAAGCGAAGCAUAAAACGUUUUAAGUCCGUGGUUUUCAUUCUGAGACAAACACGGGUCCUUGCGUAUUUGCCCUUUGCUACUUCUACGAAAUGGCGUUCUUUAUUUUCGACUUGCUUUCCUCGACGCCUUUCGCUGCCGACAAACAACGCCAUGCUUGGCCCAGGCCACCACAUUGCUCGUACCAGUCUCCGACCGGGAGGAAACAUAAAUGGGCUUAGUGCCGUUUUUAGGUCUUCGUUUCAUUUUAGACAGAACGUUGUAGGAAAGUAAAACCUAAAAUAUUGCGGGAGUUUACGGAAGCACCGCUUGAAUUGAAUCGCUAUCUCCUUACCUUAAAGUAUAAAGAAACGUUGUUAAGAACUAUUCACUCAGGUACUUUUUCUAUUAGUGAUAGUUAUAUCCAUUUAUUAACCGCCCACUUUCCCUACAUCAACAACUGAUGAAGGAUUCAAAGUUUGGAUUAACCUUUUGGCUGAAUCUUCAUUCCCCGCACGUAAAUACUCACGUAUUUCCUUCAACUGAUUUGUAUCUGCCGCCAUUUUCGCGGCAAAUGAAAAGCACAUGAUGUUGAAGUGCGCCUGCGAUCCCAGUUUCGGAAGAAGCCACGGAAACAAUAUGGCGCGUCGUGAACGCAGUAUCGACGUUUCGAAAUACAUUCAAUUUUUUCGAUUAUCUUGUAGUAUUCAGACAUUAUUUUACUGGGGACAGAAAGGUGAGUUGGAUACUAGCUACCAUAUCCGAUUGAUUUCCUAAUAUAAAGAUUUAAAAACAAAAGUUGUGUCGUGGUUUUCUUUAGCCAUCGGACAAAACGCGAGUCGCCAGCUGGCGACCAGUUCUGAAAAUUUAGUCGCCAGUCCUCAAUUUUUGGUCGCAUUGGCGACCAGUGAGUCGCAAUGUCGAGCCCUGUAGAUACUCUCAGGAUGAGGCAUGGCGUCGUGUGAGGGAUUGCCUAAAUCCAGGCUACUAUUGGUUGGACACAGACAUAUUUCCUGAUAAGAUUAAGGAUGAAAGGGUGCGAAAAACUGAACAAACCUAUGACAUCUCUGAUAUUAAAAAUUCAAUUGAGUACUUUGAUAAAAGAAAGUUCCUUGAUAAGUACCUACCAGAAAAUAACAAAUACCCAGAUGCAAGAGAAAGGAAUGAAAAAGUGAAGGAAGAGAGGGAAAAAAUUAUAGAAGAGUAUGUGAAAGCUACAGAAAAAGGUGAAAUUAGUCAUGGCUCUGGAUUUAUCAUAAAUGACCACUAUAUUAUCACUAAUAAGCAUGUAAUUGAUGAUGCAGAUGGUAAAGAGAUUGUUAUUUCUAAUGCUUCAAUUAGUGAGCUCCCCUGUGAGGUUGUUUACACUGAUGGUGGAAAAGAUUUAGCGCUGCUCUAUUGCCAAGAGCUUGACAUCAAGCAAAAUCAAGUCGUGCCAUUGCAUUUGUCAAAUCAGCCAUUAGUAACUGGCAUGCAAGUAUUUUCUUUUGGGUAUCCCAUGAGCCACACAGGAGAAACAGCUCUUUUUAUUAAUGGUCAUGUUUCUGGUUUUACAAAACCAUAUGCAGAUAACCGUCCUUCAUUGGCAGUGCUAAAUUUGUCACUAAACUCAGGUAAUUCUGGAGGCCCAAUCCUCCACUGGAUUGUGAAUCAGCUGAAAGUUGUUGGUGUUGCAACACAGAAACACUUCAAAGAGAUUCUGACAUUUGAAGAGAGGGAUAAAAUUGAAAAAAUCCGGAAAUCCAUGGAAACAAAUGAUAUUUCCAAUAUUUCAGAAGAAAACAUUACACACUUUAGCCGCCUCUCACCGGGGGGUGAGUUAGACAUUGAACCUGAUCCUCGCCCCUCACUUUGGGGCAAGUUAGACAUUGAACAUGAUCCUCGCCAGAUACCAAUGAAUUUACUUACAUUAAAACUCUAUGAUGCUCUGGAAACUCACUCACAGUUCAAUUUAAGUAAUGCACUACCAGGGGAUAAUGUCAUUAAAUUCAUAGAAGAAGCUAUCAAGAAAUGUAGUAGAGAGCAUAAAGAUGAGUUAGUUGAGGUGGUGAAGAGGGCUUCAGAUCACAAUAUUUUACCUUCUGGUCAACACUCUGUUUCAGACUGUUGUAUUCAAUAACUAACAUUACAGUGUACUUGAUUUGUAUUUGUGACCCAUAAUUAACAAGAGUUAUUGUAUUCAAUAUACGGUACACCUAUGGUGCAUGUGUUUUUCAUUGAUAGCCUUCUGUGAUCGUUGGUACAUGUACAGUGCACUAUAAAGAUAUUGUAAAUUGAGGUGGUGUAAUGAUGACAGUGUUUACAAACAAUACAGAAUGUAGUUGAAACAUAAUGUAGAAAUUAACUUUAACUUUAUUAUUUCCCAUUUAUGUACAAGUUUAUCUCAUACUGUAGAUUAUCUAAUUAUAGGAUUUAAAAGCCUUUAAGUGUAGUAAUUCGCUGUUUUUAAGUGAUGUUUGAGAAAAAUGAUGGAAGUUAGCAUUUUAGGUUUUUGUAAUGAAUUAAGCAGUUCAUAUGGUAUUUAUAAAUGGCUCCAAAGCUAUUUUGUAAUAUUGUUAGCCAAGUAUGGUGUUCAGUAGAAGUGUUAGUUCUUUAUAUCAGUUGUUUUUUAUAACUGUGACAGUUUUAAUGAAAAACUAAUGGAAUCUAUAAUAUUUUAUAGUUAUCACAUGGUUUAUUUGUAUUGCCCUGCCUAGAUAUUUAGCUUAAUAGCUAUUUGUGGAGCAUCCAAUAUUAUAAAACGUUAUCUUUUUGUUAACAGAUAAAUUGUGGUUGCUGUUGUUAUAGAAUGUAGUUUUCAUUGAUAUGAACUUUUUGUAUUUUCUAAAUAAAGGAGGUUUUUGUAGUCUUGGAUCAAUUCCAUCUCCUUUCUCUUGUGAUGUUAAAGAGGAAAACCAAAUAGGAGGGAUGGGGUAUAAAGUACAGGAAACCAUUGUUGACAAAACAUAUCUUGGGCACUCAUUAAAAUUAGACCUGACAUUUGAUAUGUUUCCAAACGAUUGUACUGUAUUUUACCUUUGCACUUUGUUUAUUAUAGAAGGGGAUGGCCAUUUUUAUGCAAACCUGGUUAAAAAUGACCAAGUUGAGUGUUGUGGGCAUUAACUUGAGGCUGUAGUUCGAUUUCGUACAGAACUCCCUGGGGAGGGCGGGUGGUGAUGUGUAGUCCCAUAUAAAAGCUAUACCUGCCUGCCACAACAGCCGUCACUUCUCGCUCCUCGCCGCUGGGACUUUUCGCAGGCUAGCUGCAUAGGUAUAGCGUUGGAUUGGGUAUGGUAGUAUGGAUUUCAGUCCUUUUUGAGACUGUGCUCCUUUAAUGAGGUAGCUAAGCUGAAAAGACCCAACACGCUGUAAUGAACCUUAAUUACUUUGUUACACUACUAAGAGCCUGCUAACAACGUUUCAACCCGGUUUGCUUGAGAUAAUAGUUCUGCCCGUUAUGAUUGCCCAUGUGAAGAAAAUAACAAAAAGUCCAAGUCAUUAAUUUUUGGGCUGCCUGUCGAAAAAAGACAACAUGGCGGACGAAUCUCCUAGAAGACAUUGCGUGUUGUAUUCCCCUUGCAGUUGGACCGACUUCUGAGGGGAGGGGUCCCUGCGUUUUACCAUGAAUUUUCCAUUCAUUGAAAGCCGAAACGGGUUUUUUUUUGUAGUUUGUACUGGGUUUAGGAGCUAUAAACAUAAUUAGACCACUGCAGCCCAAUACACGCGUUUAGUAUACACGUCUUGUUUGCCUUAAAUAGAGUGUAAUUUUUCGCUUCUAGGAAAAAAGUGGGUGUCAAUUUUAAAUUUUAUUGUCAUGUUGAAGUAGGAUAGAGUUUGAGAACCUUCGCGGUACACUUUUUCCCUCCUUGGCGGGGUAGGGGUUGGGGAGGGCAAAGGUUUUCUUUGUCCUAGAUGAGAUGAGAAUUCCGCCUUCCCGAUCUUUUCUAGAAAAUCAUUGUUGCUAUCCUCUGUUUCAGGACAAAAAAAAGUCAAAGCGAGACGGGUCAGAUAAAGAUAGUGACGAAGAGGUAUUAUUCUUUACAGCAGGGUAAAAAUUAGAUGUGUGGCGCGAAAAAUAUUCUCUUGCGUGAAAAGGCUACGCGUGCUGGUGGGAGGGUUUUUUUUGUUUCGAGAGCCAAGCGAGAAAUUUCUAACCCAAUGACAUCCAUAUCUGUAUUUAAACCUUAAGGCGCCACACCUGUCCAAAACGGUUGUAAUAGUCCAUGCUUUUAUUCCUUUUCAUUCACAGACUCAGAAGUACAGCAUACUCUUUUAAACAGAACCACAGGAAAGUGCUGGUCAGCAGCUUUUAUUAAAAUGAUCACCCUUCAGGAUUUCAUGCACGGACUCAAAAGUCAUAGAACCACCGUGUAUAGCAUACCAAACAGUACCACAGGAAAGUAAUGCUCAGCAGCUUUCAUAUAUUGGUCGCAUCACAGGAUUUCCUAGUGAAAACCACCUUGUUGGCUCAGCAUAAUAUAAACUACCCCCAAAACGUAGAUCCGAAGAGUUUUCAUAUGAAGGAUAACACAAUAUAUAGGAUUUCGUCCACCGACAUUGAAGCUAGCACUUCUUUUCAUGUUUCAUAAUUGGAAGCUUCAGGAUAGAUGAGACUCUGCAAAAUGUUUGUGUUUAUAUUUGUAGAGUACUGAAGAACAAGACUUUGACUCACGGAUGCGAGAUCAAGUACGAAAUAAAUUGAAGAAACGAAAACCUGAAGAAGAUAAAGAGCAAGGCGAUGUUCAACCAACAAAAGAGACUUCUGGGAAAAGGUUGACAAAACAAUUUACAGCUCUUUAGUUUGUAGAAAUUUUGCAAAAGCUGACUUCAAGAGGAUCGUUAUUCAACUAUUCAGCAAGUUAGAUAGUGGCUAGUCACUCACCAACUGCGUUUGACACGACAGAACGUAAUCCCUAACUGUCGCCUUUUGGCGGGAUUCCUGUGUGUCAGAGCAAACCCACUUCUCACGCAGGAGCCAUGACACUAGUCUCUCACGCAGCCGUUUGUCAGUUUUGUCAGUCGGAAGUUAAUUUGUCAGUCUUUCCGUCACCAAGCUGAAUUGUUUGUCAGUGAAACAUGUUUGUUGCUUUGCGUUCCAAAACAUUUUCUUGAGCUAAUGGUAAUCUUUUCCCCUUACGCUUGUCUCUACUCAGCAAACAGGAAGCAGCGCGCGCUGAAUACAAGCGACUAAAGCGCGAGAUGAUGGAAACGAAAAGAAAAAAAGACAUUGAAGAGGAAAAACGCUCUGGUGAGAUUUUUCUUGUCAAGUUUUGUAAAUGUACCUGAGUUAGCCUGUUGCAGGCGUUCAGGUGGUGGGGAGGGGGUUGAAUCGUACGCGCGGGGAAAACGAGAGGAGAUUGCCCUCGUUUCUCGUCAAUUUUUCGCCCGCGCUCUCAGUACUAGCUGAACGCCUGGAACAGGCUAUACCUAAGUUGGUUCAGUUCAGUUACUGUGCACAGGAAUACAAAAAAAAAAACUUGAUGAAGGAAGAACGCUAAAACGGCACAAAACAGUCGGUGUAAGUAGCGUAAAGAUGCCCAUGCUUGUCAUUUUGCACUGAAUUCCCAACCCCUCUCUCUAUAAUCCAAAUGAGAAUGUAAAAUUUACCGUUCUUUUUAAAACGUUAAUUUCACCGACUAGUAAAGUUGUUUUGCAGAGAACUACGAUGCAAAGGUACAACCGGUCGCCAGGCUGGUUACAUUUCAUGCCAACGAUUUCAACGCGGGCGUCUUAUUUAAAUUGCGUCACAUUUUUUACACUCACAUAUUUAACAUUUUGCCCUCCGAUAGUGUGAUUUUACUUAGAAUACGACGCACUAUUAUGCACUAAUUCCAAUGUCUUCUUUAGCUUACUAGUAGCUAUUUUGCGUUAGUUGUUAUUCUCUGUUUCACGGGUCAAGUAAAAUCACUCGCAGCGUGAAAAAGAAUAGUUUCUCUUUUAAUCUUUGAAAUGGUCGGUUUUACCUACCAACGUACGUUGGGACAACAUUGAGCCCGUUAUAACUCAGCUGAGUAUUUACUCAGGUUUAUUCUUUUUAUUUUACCAUAUUAAGUUGCUGGAGAAAUGUAGUCUUUCUUGUUCUCAAUGAUGAUUUUAAACGACAAAGUAGUGAACCUGAGUAUAAAACCAAGUUGAGUGUCAGAGGGUUCUUUUAGUUAACAAACAAACAAAAAAACUAAAACUAAACCAAAAGAAAACAAAGAUAAAAAACUCGAAGUAACGUCGUUAGGUUUCGAAGUGUUCGACAAAUAUUUUUAAACAAAAAUAUUACACUUCAGAGGUCAUCUCGUCCCAAAUUCCCUUUAUAUGUCUAUGAGUAUUUGGUAAGGCUAAGUGUGUGUGUAAAAGUUUUAAAGGGCGAAUCAUCUUGGGUGGUCAUAAAGAUUAUCAUCGUGAAGAGAAACUCGAAUCUUAUUUAUACUAGUCGAGAUUCGAACGAUCAACUGUCAACGUAAAUCAAAAUCGUGAUUUGUUUUGUCAGUUUGAGUAAAUGUCCACAUGUUUAAAAUUCAAUUUAUUAACCGUUUGACCAUGCAGAGCACUGGUGGUUCAGUGGUAGAAUUCUCGCCUGCCACGCGGGAGGCCCGGGUUCGAUUCCCGGCCAGUGCAAUCUUUUUCCUCUUUCCUUUUUUUGUUUUUGGUUUCGCUUUAAACGAUGUGAAUUUGUGACUUGUUACACCUCGAAUAUUUUUGAAAAUUUGAUUUGUCUUCAUACAAAAAAAAAUUUAUCCCACUUUUUCAGAAACUUUUCUUGGGGAUUCUGGACCAUUCCCGGCUAAUCCCAACCCCUUUUCUUGGAAAGAGGGUAAUUGCGAAGUCGUUAUUAUGAACAAAAUUUAUAUUAUAUUUAUAUUCUCCUGUACUUAUUUUCAAGAAUUUACACGAAGAUUCGUUUUGAUGGUGAGAAGCUGUGAAACUUGGAAUAGGCCUAACUUUAUUAGAGCAACGCAUAGAAAGUUUACACAAGUUCAAGUAACCUUUUUUCUUUUCCUUUUUCGUUGACCAGAUCCUAAAGAGUCCGAUGUGUUAGCAGCUUUUCACGCAGAACAAAUAACUUACCUCGAGAAGAAGAAAACUUCCCAAAAAAGGAAGGGUCAAGGAAGGGACGAACAGGUGAUCAAAUGUUUUAUUUAUGUCAAAGUUUUUAUCACUCAUGGACAGGCGCGGAACUAGAAUAAAUUCCUACCGAUUUCAUAAACGAGCGCCGAAAGGGCAAGUUUCUAGGGCGGGGGUUUCGGGGGCAUGCUCCCCAGGGAAAAUUUUUGGAUUUAAAGUCCCCAAAGUCCCCUUUCUGGGUUCUCUGAACCAUUCAGACCGAAUAUUUACUGACUGUCUAAACCACUUUCUAGAUUUCAACUUUUAGUAGUAUUAUUAUUGUUAUUAUUAUUAUUAUUAAAAAUAUAUAUGAAAAAUAUACUAAUUAUGAAACUGAUCUGACCGAUAUCCGUAAAACGGUGGAAACCGGUGUCGAUCCGCGCUGACUGAGUGAUUUUAUACCUGUUAUAUAUCCCGCUCUUUGCGCAAAUGUCAAGUGGAUCUGUUGUUAACCAGAAACAAAGUCAUUACUUUAGACAUUGGCCAGACAUUGACUGUACGUCAGUAUGAUUAUUAAUGUUGUAAUAAUUAAAGCUUGUUGAUAGUUGUGUGCUGAUAGCCGGCGUGUCAAGAAACUCACCUGGACGAUCAUAUUCCACCGACUCAUGCAUGACUUGACACUUUUUGUUGCCACCUGAUUUUUCAUGUAGAAUCUAACACUGCUGGCAGACUUUCAAGCCAAGCUUUUUCAGUCCAACGAAGAAGAAGGAGAUCAAGAAGAAGAUAACGAAAACGAAAAUGAAAACGAAGAGAGAGAUGAUACUGGAUGGUAAGUAACGUCUCUACAUUUUGCGAUCGUUGACAUGACCCCGCUCCCCUUGUUAUCCCGAGGCAGCCUAGUCCCCAGGCGUUCUCGGUUCGGUCAAUCCUGGACUUUUCCGUGAGCUGUGACGUCACCAAGGAGACUUUCCCAGACUUCGCGCGGACAAUGGGGCAAGAGAGGGCGCCUAGGGACCAGGCUGAUCCCGGGGAAAACCCAAGCGUUUUUAAACGACGCAUAUCAACCGUAAGUGGAAUUUGUUGGAUUCUUGGGCAGUGGUUUUACCAAAAUUUCGGGCAAAUCUUCCCCAUGGGUAACGAAACUUAGACAUUUAAGUUGCAGCCGCGGAUCCAUGGGGAGGCUCCGGGGUGUCCGAAUUCCCCCCCCCCCCAUCAGACCUGACCCUUGACUGAAAUUCUUACAUCGACAGAAUUGUAUAUCACUUUUUAACUAGCUGAUUUUUUUUAAUGAAACGCGCGUUGUAUUUUGCCACUAAACUAAAUUCCAGGGAUAUUCGAAAUGUAAUCGUUUUUGGGUACCCUCCUCUGAUCUGUUCGCCUCUGCUCGCAAAGCAGUCUUUCCCGCGCCAACGGCGACCGGCGUUCACAGAUUGAGAAACACGUUGUCGUCUCUUUGAGAAGUGAUUUGCCACCAAAAAGUUCAACAGUCCUUUCUGAACCAAAGUUUGGAUCCCCAGAAUAAAAACUUCCCGGAUCAGCCCCUGAAUUGGGUAGCGUCGAGGCGUUUAACUGAAAAUGAGAAAAGGUACUCACUUUCAAUUGCUACAACGCCCGUAUAGGAGUCUCUUGGGUCAUGCGCCGAUGAACGAGGAAAUAUGUAUGAAAAGAUAGGCUAAAAGUAUAGCCUGCGAAAACAUCCGUUUCUCCUCGCUCUUCGCUGCCCCCAUCGGCGAAGAGCGAGGAGAAACGGAUGUUUUCGCAGGCUACUAAAACUAGGGUGUAAUAUUUUAUUCCAGGAUGUUUCAUUCUCUGAAGUGUGAGCCUGAACUGAAGAGAGCAAAAGAUGCAUCUAUUGAAGACGAGGACACGUUUGAAAUAUUCGACCCACGAAACCCUAUCAACAAAAGAAGAAGGGAAGCCAGCAAAAAAGCCAUGAAAGAAAAACGCAGAUAA